AUGAAAUUUACCCAAUCUCAACCUAAGUUGAUAUUUCCCACAAGACGUUCAUCUACCAAUAAAGAUCAAUCGACUACGACUUCGACUUGGAAUUCAACUUCAAUUUCGAGAUCAGCAUCACAAUUACCCAAAACCAAAUCUAGACCUACAUUUAUACAAAAGACUAAAUCGUUCAUCAACAACAAUAGCCAUAGUAGUUCCGGAACUUCAUCUGCUCCGACACCAACGCCAACAAUAUCAUUCGAAAAGAAAGGACUUACGUUCUCCACCAAAUAUCAACCACAAAAAGAACAAACCCAAACCCUAGGGAGGUCGAGGACAAACGAGAAUCAAAUUCGUAAACAACCUCGUACACCACCUACACCUGAUCAACCCCAUCGUACCAAAUCCCAAAAACAACAACAGCGACAGGAACGACAAAGCUUGAACGACGGAUUGGCGAUUUGUUUAUUUGGGUAUUCAGUCCAAGCUCAAACUCAUCAAAUUGAUAGACAACUGAGCAGCAACACCAUCAACGAGUCUAGCAAUCCUUCGAUUCAUUCAAAAGAGGAGAAAGAGAAAGACACAAGAGAAAAUACCUCGAGCAAAAUCCCAAGUAGUCUACUUGAUACAAUGUACGAUUCGACUUAUGAAGAAGAGAUAAGACAACAGGCAGUGAUGUCUGAAGUUCUACCUGAUGCUGAGAUGUGGGCUAAAUGGGAAAAGACCGAAGCUCCAUUGAGACAAGGUAGAGGAUGGUAUCCGAGAUUGGAUCGACAUUUUCUCGAAUUACUAGUAAUAUCCGAGAUCCACGCUCUCUCACACCCUUUAUCGGGUACAAACACUCCACCGGGCCAGGCCGAUCGAAUCCACCGACAUGCCUCGAGAGUGAGGAGAGUAGCAUGUGAAAGGAUAGGUAGUGAGAGGUUGAACGCUUAUUGCGAGAGGGUAAGGGAGGCUUUUGAGGCUUAUAUGAUGGGUGGGUGGUCGACUGGGGGGAUUCAUACCACAGCGGCACAGCAACAACACGCUCAAUCACGGGCACAAGGAGAGGAAGAAGAGGACGAGGAAGGGAAAGAAACGAAAGUGAAUGAUAAGGAUGAUGAUGACUUUUUGGGAGAUAGUAUAAGAGGUAGACAAUUGAAGAAAGGUAAAAGUAGUGUAUUCAAUCGCAACAAGAGUGGCAAUGACGAUGGAGAAGAGAAAAUACCGAAAAUUAAUAUUAUACCGAGUCAAGAAACAGACCAUGAAGGAGGAGAAGAAGGUGAUGACGACGAAAGUAUGAAAUCCAAUAUGGACACAGAAUUGAGUGAGUUGAGAGAACGAUCGAAUGAAGGUUCACUGCUCGGUUCUGAGCUGGAGUCGGAGGCGGAAAGUACGAUCAAGCAUGGUGAAGAUAGAGGGAUGGAGAAGGGGAAUAAGAUGGAUUUGGAAAUGGAUAUGGAUGAUAUUACUUAUUCGUCGAUUGUGAAAGAUAACAACUUCCUUACAUUGAACAAACUGAAAGAUUCUUGA